GGUGCACAGGCGCAGGUAUGACAGGUUAACUUAAACGUAAUUUUUGUCUUUUUAGCUAACGUACGCGAGCUUAGUGAUUCAAAUUCAAUAUUUAUGUGGCUAAUUGAGAUUGAAUCUGAAGGUGUUUGCAACACUAUUAUCACUAUAUCUCAGAAUCGACGUUAUUUAGACGAGGUUUGGAUCCGGCUGAAUCGGAUUCCAACAGCAUUGUAACGGUCCAAACGUGAUCUACCGCCCGUACCGUACCGGCGCGGCGGCGUGGUGGAACCUCGAUUAUGUCGACGAUAUCGUGCUUUACGUGUGGAUUUGUUCCAGACAAGACUAAUCCGAAUCCGAAGGAAAGAGUGCAAGCAAGGUGGAAAAAUUUGAAUUCAAACUUUGAGGAUUCAAAUAUAAGACUAGGAGAUGUUCUUGCAAGAUCAGGAACGGAAACAGGUGGUGAAUGGACAUGGCAUACAAAAAGAUGCUGCCGAACUUGUUGGAGAAUCCAGUUCCAGUGGGACAGAGCAAGGCAAACUCUUGAAAGAAUGAGUGUUGAAUGGUCAGAAAGAUCAGUAACAUCACAGCGUUUGCCAACACUUGGGCAUCACAAAACUUCUUCAAGGAAAAACUUCAAAAAUUCCCUUAUCAAGCAUAUCCAGCAAUCCAAAUUCCAGUAUGUCUUCAGGAAGCUGAUAAGUAAAAAGUCUGUCAAGGAAGUAUGGGUCAAAGAAAUCAAAAAAGCAAUCAGACAAGAAAUGAAAAUGCUCAGGAAGGAAAACAUCUGUCCCUCAUUCAACAGAAAGCAGAAUGGUAAAGUAAAAUGGAAAUCAGUCUUAAAGCGUGUCAAGAAGGUAGCUCCGCUCUUCUAUGAGGUGAUUCUUGCUUCUAUGACCAAAAGUGACUUCCAACAGGACUCAAUGACAAGGGAAGACUUCAAAUUGCUUAGUCCAAGGGUAGGCAUGAUGAUCAACUUGCCAUUUUUUAACCUGCACGGUGAAUGCAGAAGAUAUCAGCGUGAAUUAACCCUCAACUUGUUCCGUCUUGGUGCGAACAAAGCGGUCAUCGACUUUCUGUACCAUCUUGGAAUAACCAGAGGAUAUGUGUAUGCUUCAAGAUAUAUACGAAGGAAGAAGAAUUCUGUGUAUAAAUGGUGCAGAACAAUAGAGGCUGAACAGAACUCACCUGGAGCUCACGUAAGGGACGAUAUGCAUCCUGGCUUUGCGCUUAUGAUCAGGAAGCCCUAUGAGAAGUCUAAAAGGAGCUCCAAACCCAAACCAGGAAGGCACUCAAGACAGGAUUGCUAUGGAAUGGCUGCCAAGAACAGGGUCCCCUUUAGACAUCUCCCAGAAGAGACCCCCAAGAAAGCUUGUGAGCUCUCUGUUAGCGUCUACCUGCCCAAUCAAUUAGACUAUUUUGAGUUACGUAUGAGGAUGCAGGUAAUAAUUGAAAGGAUUCUUCAAGCCAAUCUCGCUUUGUUUGCCGAUUAUCUUGUGACUGAACACAUACCUCACGAAUAUUCCUCACUGUGUGCAGAGAAAAGUGACUUUGUUGACCUUGGGAUGUUAGAGGGUAACUACAGCACUCCUGACCAAGCCUCAGAUCUGCUUCAGAAACUAGAAGAGAACACUCCAAAGGGGUACUCCCUGCCAUUGUAUGGUCAUGAAGAAAUGAUAAAGAAUGUCAGUAAAGCUCAGGGCUCUGUAGAAGGUGGUGGCCGACGGGCAUUGAUGCCUGUACCUCAAGAUGGUCAUUUGAGAUGUAUAAUGAUGAGGGACAUCAUGACAGACCUGUAUGAGCCAACAAGCCCAAAUGAGAGAGCUACCCUGCGCAAUCUGAUUCAUAUGUUCGGUCAUGAUGGCAUCAAGGAUAAGAACCCACCUUCUCAUCACCUGGAUGAUUUCUUAUUGUUUGUGUGCUGUGCCAUGGUUGUAGGUUUUGCUCUUGAGGUACUGAUCAGCAAUGAAGAUGAAAUGGAUGAUGUAAAGCCAGAAGCUCUCUUGACCAAGGUUUCAGCGGAAGUUGUCCGCAGAGUCUGGCAUCAGAUUCCUAUGGAUCAAAUCACUGACAUCAUCAGUGCCAAGAUCAAAUAUGACAAGGACUCUGCCGAAAGAUUCUGCUUCUGCAAAGAAAAUCAUGAGGGGGAGCGUAUGCUAGCGUGCAGCAACAUUAACUGCAAGAAUGGGAAGUGGUUCCAUGAACUAUGUAUCUCUAACCCUCAAGUGGGUGAUGAAUGGUACUGUAGUCCCACCUGCCAGUCUUCGUGCGGUGGAGAGUACUGUGUAUGUAGGACCAAGACUGAUGAGCAGCUGGUCUGGACCUGUGCAAACAAGAAGUGCAAGCGGGGGAGAAAGUUUCAUCAUAGUUGUGUGAGAUCUACUGUGCCAGUAGCCCAAGGUCAGCAGUGGUAUUGCUCCUCACAAUGUCGGAAGGGUAGGAAUGAUGUUGAAGAAGACCAGGAGUUACGGUACCUGGAAGCGGUUACGUGGCGAUGUCUCUUCAAUGAAUGUAUGAGAGAUGCAGAAAGAGAGGGUGAUGGGGAAGCUCUCAUGGGUUACUGGAGAAUCUACAUGCCAGAACUAUAUAAGAAAGGACAUGAUGGCUUCUUUCUGGCUGCACAUCGUCUUCUUGCAGGUAUAUCUGGUUGUAUGGAACCUCGUGUCAGACAGGAAGUGAUCCAUAAUAGGACGAUGAACUUUGAAGGUGGAGCAGGAAAGAAUGUUUCAUUGGAUAUCAAGGACAUAGGAUUUAUCCAUCAAAGCAAGGAGAUCAAAUUGUUAUUCAAGAAGAAUAACAGAGUUGAAGAAGAAGAUGAUGAUGAUGCAGGGCAAGGAGAAGAGGAUUCCAGGUCGAAGAAACAGAAGAUGGAGAGACCUGGAGGAGAUGAAAACAACACCAGACAUCCUGUCACGAACCGAUAUGCAAUCUUCAAAUCCGAUGUAGCAGAAUUCCAGAAGAAGUUCAGCGAUGAUGAAUUGUUCAAAGAAACCCGCGGACGUUGUAUUCCUUCGUUGGUAGGCAAGUCUUUUGAUCAAGACUAUACUAGAAUUGAAAUGAUGGGCAUGAAGAAACGUCUGAUGGCAUUGAGUAAGGAGUAUGAUGAGGGGCUUACAGGAGUGAAACAAUCAAAGAAGAUUGACAAGCCAAGAUCUAGUUCUAGCGGAAAGAAGAAACACCAAAGGGAAGGUGCAAAAAAGAGAAAGCUUAUAAUUGUGGAAAAGAGUGAUGAGGAUAGUAGUGAUGAAGAAGAUGUAUCAAGUAAUGAGGAGGGUGAAGAAGAUGACGAUGAUGAUGAUGACAUGGAUGAUGAUGAUGGGGAGGGUGACAGUGAUGAUGAUGACGAUGAUGAUGAUGAUGCUAGUGAUGAUGACGGGGAUGAUGAUAGUGAUGACGUUAGUGAUGAUGUGAGUGAUGAUGGUAGUAAUGAUGGUAGUGAUGAUGAUGUUGAUGAUGAUGAAGGUGGCGGUGAUGAAGAAAUGUCUAGCGAAGACUGAUAUCGUAUUGAGUAAAUAAAGACUAAUUUAUGAAUACAACAAGGAUGAAAAUGCUGAGGAGUUUGAUAAUGUUGAUGAUGAUCAUUGCUUCUAGGAGCAGGAGAAAAAUUGUAAAUCCUCAAAGUAAUUCAGAUUAUGAUGAAGAGAAAGAAUAUUUAUACAUUUAGGACCAAUUGGUUGAUUUUCCUCUCAAUUAGCUUUCUAUAUUUUGUUUGAAUAUUAGAGAAUAAAUUUGAUUUUAAAGAGUACCGGUACCUUGGUUUAGGGGCAGUUCCAUUGUAUUUUGGUUGGAGGGGAUGGGUAAGAUGGCCUUUAUUAAAAUGAUAUAGAUUUUUUUCCUCAAUGAAAUUAUAGGUGUAUUUCAUUUGUUAUUUGACCCAGCCUCCACUUUUCAACUCUUUCUUUCAUAUUUUAUUUCUUCCUCCCCCUCUUUAUACCGCAACCAAACAAAGUUUGAAGGGGGUAUAUAGGAAUCAGUUUACGGUCAGGCCAUCCUUCGGUCUGUCCAUUGCAAACCUUGCGCUUCAAAAAACUUGAGCUAAGGAUUGUGCUAGACAUAGGUUUUUGCAUUUGUCAGACAUUGCUUUGCCAUGGUAACCACAUAUUAUGGCCGUAAACUUAGGAAAACUCAUUGUGGAUGAUACUUUUUCCCCCAGUUUUUGGCCAGUGCUCAUGAAAGUUGGCUUCAACAUUGUUCUUCAGGUAAGAACAUGCAAUUCCCUUUCCUAAAUCUGUCUGAAAUUGUGUUGCCAUGGUAAAAGCAUAUUA